CAAAAAUGACAUACUUGUAGAUAUCUACAAGCACUAAUGUAACCAAGGCAUGGAUUAACACAAAAUAACCAGAUAUCGUUACAGAAAGAAUACUUGUUAAGAUGGUAAAUACAGCAUGUGUGUUGCCGCUUGUGUUUCUUGUUGGUCACAUACAACGUGGGUCACCUGCAGGAUGUUCGCCUGGAUGGUCAGGUUCACCUUCUCUGACGUCAUGCUAUAUAGCUGUUAGUAUAUACAAAGAUAUGGACGGUGCAAAGAGAUAUUGUUUUGACGAGUAUAAUGCUACGGUUGCUGCACCGAAGACAGAGACAGAAAAUAACUUUAUCCACAUACUUCAAAGCGGUGAUAUAAGAAUAGGUAUCUAUGGUAACACAGAUCAAAAUGUAUGGGAAUAUUACGACGGAAAUGACUUAAACUUUACUGUUUUCAGUUCAAGUCCUUUUUGUAAAGUUUACUCUACAAUUGAAGACUGUGUCACUAUGCAACAUGAUGGUAAAUGGAAAGUUGAGAGUUGUUCUACAGGGCGAGACUUUGUUUGCCAGAAAAGAUUGAAUUUUAUAGACCACUGUUCCUCGUUAGGUUUCUUCCAACAUCCAUACCAGGAUAUAUGCUACAAGAAGCUAGGAAGUGAAUAUUACGAUGAUGCACUGAGUGCCUGUGAAGCUGAAGGAUUAGACAUACUAAUGCCUAAGACUGAAGAAGAACAUGUCUUUAUGAAGUGGUAUAUAAUAGAGUACAUUAAUGAUAAUGUAUGGGUUGGACUAACAGAUAUAAACCAAGAAGGAACUUUUGUAUGGAACAAUGGUAUUGAUAGUAAAUUCAGAGCUUUCGGCUAUGGGGACCCAAAUAACGCUGGUGGUGAUCAACAUUGUGUGAGAUAUGAUUCUAUUUCAAGCUACAAUUGGAAUGACUGGACAUGUAAUCUCCGUUCUACUGUAGUUUGUCAGACACUAGGUUCCAGUUUGCAGCAAGCUGGUGUUGAAACAACAGCAUUAUCAAUAAUCAGCACUAUUGACUUUACCACUUACUGUCCUUGCGCAUGUGAUGUCUUUAAUAUAACUGACGAAUACAUCGCAAAUUACAUUAAGAAACUACAAAAGGAGUUAAAAGUUGAUUCAGAGACACUGUCUUCCACCAUUCGCUCCAGGACAUGCGCAGAAGAUCCCAGACAGAGUGCAAAGAACAUCGGAAUGUUUGGAGUUGCAGUGUUGGCAUUUGGUUUUACACUCAUACUAUUCAUGGACAUACUCUCCGUUUUUCAAAGACAUUUUAACUCUAAAGUUGAUCGACGUUAA